AUGGUUCUAUUGGAUUCAACAUUUAUCAUUGAGCUCUUCUUGAAGAGUUACAUGGAGGAAGAAUAUGAAAAUGAUUAUAUAUUAAGUAAACCAUGGCUAAAGAUAGGCAUAAGUCAUGACUUGAUAUUACUUGAGAAUCAGCUUCCAUUUUUUAUCCUAAAGGAGUUACACAAUCAAUUUUCCAGGUCUGAAGAAAACAACAAUAUUUCCUUUCGUAGGCUUGCAUGUAAGUUUUUUCAUCUCACUGGCAAGAAAUUGCUCGAGAAGGAAAUAAAACAUUUCACUGAUUUGAUCAGAUAUUUCUAUUAUCCAUCUACCCUUAAAAGUGGAAAUGGCAUCAUUUCUGAUCUACAUAGUGCAACAGAGUUGUAUGAGGCAGGAGUUAUAUUCAGAACAAGUGAAAAGGGAAGAAUGUUACUUGACAUUCAAUUCCCAAACAUGCCCUUGAAAAGAUGUACAUGCUUCAAUUGCUCAUGGCUCUUAAAUUGGUUACCAUGCUUGAAGUGCUUUCCUUGCUUGGAAGGAACCGAAACUUUCCUGUAUGUUCCUCAGUUUUUGGUACAAGACAAAACUGAAGGCCUUUUUCAAAACCUCAUGGCCCUGGAACAAUGUCCUUAUCCAUCUGAAGCUUACAUAUGCAAUUAUAUAUGUCUCUUGGAUUAUCUUAUCAACACUAGAGAAGAUGUGGAGCUGCUCAUUGAUAAAAAGAUUAUAAUUAACAUGUUAGGCAGCAAUGAAGCAAUUGCCACAAUGGUAAACAAACUUGGACUUGAAAUUGUGGAAACGGGUUCCUGUUAUUUUGGUCUCGCUUAA